AUGCAGUGUGUUCCUGGUGAAUGGGCUGGCCUGGCGCAUUCAAUCAAUGCCUCAUUCACAACGUCUCGGAGCCCUUCUAUUUUGAUAUCUCGACCGCCUGCAACAGAAAGAAAAGAAAGAAAGGAAAAAGAGGAGCCUGCCUACCUGAAAGAACGCCCUUUCUUCCCGCCCUGCAACUCGCUUCUCUCCGGCCUGGAUAGGUCUUACUCUACGUAUCUGAGUGACGUCGACCGCAAGUUCAAGCAGCUCUCCCGGGACGUCCUGCCCGCCCAUCCAUACAUCUUGUCCGUGCCCACCGAGAAGCCGUACCGGCUGGGAUCGCGCUUCGUGAGCAACUGGGCAGUAGGAGAGAAUACCUUGUUCUCCCCCGAGGAGGAACAGCUGCAGUAUAUGACCUUCCUCCCCCACCAGGGAGAAGACACGCUGCUGGUCUCGGUUGGAGGCUGGUCGGAUGACAAGGGGAAUAUAGUCCCGGAAGAGGACCAGAGACCACCCUCAAGGGCCGCCAGCAUGGCGGCGCCACUUACUACCGCCUCGCAGCACGACGCCCUGGCCAAGCGGAAGAAGAAAAUCACCCUGAGCGACUACAAGAAGAAGGCCCUGGAGACCCCCCCACCACCACCAACUCCUCCGCUGCCUGGUGCAGCCGAUCCGUCCACCAACGGGGCCAAUGGAACCAACGGCAACCGCCCGGGGAGCGUAGACUCCGAUAAGACACUGCGCAGACCGCAGUCGAAUAGCUCCAAGCCAGAGGCCAAACAAAACCACCUCCAGCACCACCAGCACCACCACCCUUCGCAGGCCGCGGCCCCUGCUACCUCCUCAACCUCCUCCGCCCCUGACACCCGGACUGGCAGCAGAAGUAAUGAUACCAAGCAGAACGGGCAGGACAACCCCUCGGUACCCGCCAGCACUGGCCGGGUGGACAAGAAUACCAAGCUCCCGCAGUCAAAACCUAGCCUAGCAAAGGACUCUCCGCCGCGCAAGAAGCCACGGCUCUCCAUUCAGCCGGAAGAGAGGGAAAAGGAGAAAACUCCUACGAAGAAGGCGGGAAGAGCCCGCCAGAUGGUGCCGGAACUGCUUUCCCCAACGCUUCCAUUCGACAAUGAGAGCUUCAGCCUCUCCCUACCGCCUCUACUAUCCCCUACCCUCCCGCCAGACAUCGAGGAAGAACUGGCCAGACUGCCUGAUGAUGGGCUAGAGAAGACCUCCCGCUCUCACUCUAGUUCCAUAUCCAGCAUAUCCAACAAGGCUAUACCCAGCAAACCCAAGCCCGGUGCAAACUCGUCAUCAGUCAAACAGUCGCAACAAUCUUCCCUGGCUGCUGAGAAGAAACCGGCCAGUAUAUCUUCUUCUACAACCCUCCCACCAAAACCUCCAACAGCCUCUUCAAAGCCAACCACUUCUCAACCAACUCCCAGAAUCACGACAACAGCUCCAAGGGAGAAGCUGAUCGUCAAACUAAAGUAUGGUCGGCAGAACAGGAAGCGAAUCGAGGCUCUUCUAAAGAUAUCAUCCAAACGGAAACCUACACCCACGCAAACCUCCGCCAAACCAAAGGGGCUGCCAGAUUCCAUUGUCGUAUCCAAGAGUUCUCCACCAAAUUCAUCACCCCAACCCUCCACUACUACAUCCAUAGGUAAACAGAGUGAGCCUAGCUCAGGUUACAAACGACCAAAGGCCAUGGAUGGAGACGACGUCAAAGAGCCUGCUUUGAAACGACCACGGAGUUCCAAUACACUUGCACCACCUCUAUCAGACCAAGCUCCGACACCUAGCAUGCAGACUCCUAGGUCAACUUCGGCCACUAAGCACCCGCCUGCAUCCUCGCAGGACCAAUUUCUCACCCCUAAAAAGGAACCAAAAGGAACUGCAAUGCGCCGUGUGGGAUCCGGUGACAGUGACAUGAAGACUCCAAGUGGCAGCGCAACAAGCGUGAAGAUGACGCAGUCUCUUUCUGUGGAAAGCCAUCCAUCUUCCAGCGCACAGCCUUCAGAACGCCGCGGCUGGCGUGACGAAUAUCAGAGAUUUGUCAACCUGGGCCGUGACCUCAAACAUGCCUCACAGCGCAACUCAACCCACAAAUACAGCACCAGCCAUGAUAUCCAGGAUGACAAGCUAAGCGCUACAAUUGCAGUCGAAGCUUUGCUCUGCUUUGUCCUAGCCUUCAUUGCUGAACAACGCUUCCAAUCUCUCAGUCGACAAGUCGGUAACUCCACCGGUUGGCGCUCUAUAAUAGCAUACUGGCAAUCUGUUCUCAAUCGAACAACCUCUUAUCCGCACCUCCAUGGCAUCUGUCUCCUCCUAGGCGCGGCCUGCCAUGACUCCAUUCAUUCUCUCGACCUCGAACGAUUAGCAACCACUCCCUUCCCGGAUGAACAUAGUCCUGCCCCAACUCCCGGCAGUGACGGUAACACCGUGACCAGCGAAGAAACCAAGAAACAGCGACGAGAGUUCGCGGAGCUGAGAACCAGACUUCCUGAAUCGUACAAGGUUGCCCGUCGCUUAUGGCUUGAAGGGUCCCGCGAGCUGUCUGAUUCGGUCCUCACACAGCAUUAUCCCAACACCUGGUCAAAACGAUUGAAAAACUCCGCCGAUCGAGGAAGAGAACAGCUUAAACUAGGCGAGUACGGAGGUGACUUUUACCUCCCGCUAGGCACUGCAUCAACACCCCUUGAAGCAGUACGGUUUGCCUGGGCUUUCCUGAACGAAUGGAGUGAGAGAGAAGGAGUCAAGUGGAAAGGUAGAUUGGGCCUGUGA